AUGGACAAAGCGGUUGCACCUGGUGAACAAAUCCUGCGAGCAUUCGGACUGAACGGAGUUCCUGAACCACUUGCCGGUGGAAUGGGACUCUGCUUCAGAAUUGGCAACGUCGUUCUGAAGCCGACGGACGAUAAACAUGAGGCCCAGGGGGUUUCCGAGUUGACAGCCCACCUUUUGAGUAAUGUAUCAUCGGAGUAUCGCCUGUCGCGCCCAAUACCGAUCAUUCGUGACGCAGCAAAGUAUGUUCACAGUGGAUGGACAGCUUCCACCUUUCUCGAAGGCUCGUCUGGCUCAAAACCUCGCAUAGCUGAGACUUUAUCUGUCAGUCGCGCUUUUCACCGUGACUUAGCAAUGGCCUAUUUCAAGAAGCCUCGAUUUGUUGAUGAAAGGAUCAACCGUUGGUCGGAGUCUGAUCGAGUCACCUGGGGCGAAAAGGCACUUGAGGAUGUUGAUAAUGUUGACUUUGUUAUUCUCGAGAUUCUCAACCCGACGCUGGAACAGCUCAAGGAGAUGAUGGAGCCCCUACCCAGAGAUUUGGAGAGCCAGCUCAUGCACGCCGACCUGGCUGGUAAUGUGCUGUUCGAUGACCAGUCUGGCUUGGCCCCUGCCAUCAUCGACUUGACGAUGUAUUGGAGGCCUGCGGCAUAUGCGGAAGCAAUCAUGGUGGUGGAUGGCAUUAUGUGGCAUGGUGAAGGGAAAGAGCUUAUUGAGCUCUGCGGUACAGGCCAGGUAUGGAUUCAACUACUCAUCAGGGCACUGUACUGGCGAGAAAUCACAUUUGCAAUCGACCCAGAUGAACAGUUCAUCUCCGCAAAUUUUGGCAGGGUGGACUUUCAAGAAGCCGUGAAUGCCUUGCGAAGGUGCAUUCCCAGUAUGUAA